AAGUGCAUGUCAUUAUUCAAAAAAAAGUCAAUUUUUCAGUAUGCAUACAGAAACCAUAAUGGAACAAAAACAGAAAAAAACACAAUGUUACAGCUAAUCUUCGAUCGUACAUAUAAAAAACAAGUCAUCAAAUAAUCCAAUGCCAAUCAUGAAAUUCGAGAAAAAUCCCUUGAACAAUAUUUCCUAUCGUCAUAUAGAAGAUGAUCUCCGAUGUCCGAUUUGUUCUGAAAUUCUAAUAAAACCAAUAACCCUGAAUUGUUCCCACACAUUCUGCGAGUAUUGCAUCAACAAAUGGACCUCUAAGAUGCAGAACUGUCCGAUUUGUCGCUGCGAAAUUUCCCAUCGAUUUCGCACUGUUUUGUUAGAAAAUAUCAUCAGUAACGUUGUUUGUAGUCUUCCCGAAUCACAGCAGAAUCGUCGGGAUGGAUUAAGAUUGGAGCGUGAUCAAAACCAGACUAAAACCAAUCAAAACCGGCACGAUUGGAUAAGAAUGCGUCGAACAAAUGGCUCGACAAGUUAUUACGUGUUGCCCAAAGGUUCCCACGAGACCACUGUCAUGUUUUAUUCGGAAGAGAAUCCAGAAUCUGAUGGCCGAUGACUUGG